AUGGAUUGUUUAGACCGAAAAUUGGCCGAGUUUUUGCCGAAUUACUCGGCAAUUUGGACUGAUACCCUAAACGAAGACCUUAUUGAGUUCCAAUUCGAAACAUUUUUGGAUCUGAACGAUGACAAUAGCAAGAUGUCAAUUAUGGAUACUGAAGAGAAUGAUGAAAACAAUGAAAUAAUUUAUAUACUGGAAGAAAAAUCUUCCAAAGGAUGUGCUUCUGAAAAUAUUGAAUCCACCAAAUGGUCCCGAACACCACUAAGUACAAAGUCACCUAGUUUUUGUACCCCAACGACUUCAUCAGGGAACUCUUCGAAAUCUUCUCGGCAAAUUGAACCACUAAUUAAUAAGUUGGUACAAGCAGCAGAAAAAGUGUUCGAGUCCGAUAAGCCAGUGGCUAUAACAUUUUCCAAUAGUACCAGGUUGUCUGAUUUUGCUAAAUAUUUGGCUGCAAGCUUAAAUAUGCUCGAUGAAGAAUUGUGUGAUGAUGAUACCAUGACUGAGAUGGUUGUCAUAGUUGGUCCUUGUGCAAUCGCAUUCACAUGUGAUAUGGUUACCGCUGAAACGAACAAACUUUUAAGUGCCUGUUAUGAGUUACAAGAAAAAUUUGACUACCGAUCUAAAGAGUACCAGAAGCUACAUUCGUUUGGAUUAUAUAUAGCCAGCACUGGAAUACGAUUGACGGCCGCUGAUUUUUUCGAAAUCAAUCUAUCCACCCUAUUACCUGUUAUCGCAACCUCCACUACAUAUUUCAUAGCACUUGUACAAUUUUAUUAG